AUGCACGGGCCUUAUGUCCUACGUGAACUCAUACUUUACUGGAAUAUCUCUUCAGAUCAGAAGUUCAGGAGUAUAAAUGUAUUUGAGGAAAUUCAACGUCAUGCAUCGAUAUUGAAUAUGAACAUAUGGAGAUUCACAAAUGUGGAUACGGAGAUUGGUGGUUAUCCAGUACCGAAGCACACCAUCGUUGCAGCUGAACUGAGCUUGAUCCUCGCCGACGAAGCGACUUUUUCCAACUCUAAAGAGGUAAGAGGAUCUUUCGGAAGUGCCGCAGAAAUUGUCGCUGAUAAGCUCACAUUCAAAUACAGAAAACUUAAAAUCAAAAAAGUGAAUUUUUAA